AUGGCGACGCUCCACGAACAAGUCAAGGGUUGGCAUGAAGGCGAGCGAGCAAUCCAUACGCUACUCAAGGUGCCUACCUCGAGCAGAGAGAAUCCUACCAAUGUUGGCCUUUCCUGGUCUCAUGGCGACCGAGUCAGCGCUUCACCCCUUGUUGCCAUUGGGACAGUAGAUGAGCAAGGUCGUCCGUGGACUUCCAUCUGGGGUGGUGAGCGCAACUUUGCACGACAGAUCAGCCAUGACAGGCUUGCUAUGGCAAGUCUUGUCGACAAAUGCCACGACCCCGUCGUCAAAUCGCUCGGCUUAGAUCGUCUUGCGGAUGGUGAAGUGGGCCAGACAUCUGGAGACAAAGCUAUCAGUGCUUUGAGUAUUGAUCUGGAGUCUCGAGAUCGGGUCAAGUUGGCUGGGAAGGUGGUUGUUGGGGCACUUGUAGGAAGGCCGAAUGACGAGGCUGUCUCCCAAGUGCAGCUUGCUUUCCAAGUCGAAGAGAGCCUUGGAAAUUGCCCUAAAUAUCUCAACAAAAAGGUCAUCUGGGCUCAUCUUCCCUCCCCACAGCUAGUCUCAUCAUCACUCCCGUUACCUGAGGAGGCUAUUUCGUUGCUUGCCAAAGCAGAUCUAUUCUUUCUGUCUUCCACCAAUGGCCAAACGAUGGACACAAACCACCGAGGCGGUCCACCUGGCUUCAUGAGAGUCAUCAGCAACACCGAUCCAUCACCGGGAGGUGACAAUGGUGCAGUGCUCAUCUACCCCGAAUACUCCGGCAACCGCCUCUAUCAGACCCUCGGAAACCUCCACACCAACCCCCUGAUCGGUCUCGCCAUCCCCGAUUUCGACACAUCGGAUGUCCUGUACCUAACAGGCACAACGGAACUUCUCGUCGGUGACACAGCAGCCGCCUACCUACCACACACAAAACUCGCCAGUCAAAAUCACACGUCCGCUCUGCCAUUUUCGUCAAGGAUGGCCUCCCUUUCCGAGGUACACCCGGUCGAAUUUAGCCCAUAUAACCCACCUCUUCGUAAACUCACCACCGAAGGCCCCUGCUCCUCUGUCGGCCUCCAAACCAGCCGCCACAGCUACUCUUGGCAGCACAUCACCCUCGACUUUGGCGGCGAGCUGGACAAUGGCUGGGCGCAUAUGAAUAAUUCUGAUCCGCAGUCACUCAACGAUGACUAUGUCCGGACCUUCACCAUUUCUAACAGCCCUCCGUCCAACGCGGAACAGGAGAUCAAGUUCGAAAUCACGGCAAGAAAACAUGGACCUGUCACGGGUUUUCUGUGGGGGUAUCACAUCUCCCCUCGUGCAGCACGUUUAGAAAUCCCGGUGCUGGGGUUUGGGGGUGAGGAGAACUUCAGGCUGAUAGGCACGGGAAAGGAGAAGCAGAAGGUGUUUGUAGCUGGCGGGGUAGGGAUCACGCCUUUCUUGGGGCAGGUUCGUGAGAUCGCGGCCACUGAUCACGAGGUGGAAUUGAUAUGGAGUUUGAGGGCCGACGACCUGCCAUUUGCGAGGGACGUCCUGGGCAGGAACGAGGGUAUCAAGCAAGUGAAGGUGAGACUUUUUCUCACUGGGGGCUGCGGUGAAUCUGGGAAGGCGGAGAUGGCGAAAAUCAAGGGGUUGGAGGGGGUGAAGGUUGAGAUGAGGAGGCUGACCAAGAAAGAUGUUCAGGGGGACUGGUUUGAUAAGGAGAGGAAAAAGUAUUUCUUGUGUGCUGGGGUGGGGAUGAUGAAGGUUUUGAGGGGGUGGUUGGAGGGGGAGGAGGUUGUUAGUGAGAGUUUUGAGUAUUGA